CUUGCUGUGAAAAUAUGACUGAUCAAGUAUCGGAUUUUAAUUAUACACUUUAUCUCCCGUUUGAGAAAAAUUUUGAUCAGGAAACCUUCUGGCUUUGGAUUACGAAAAAUUGGUAUCUGUCUCUAUGGUUUUCUUUGGCCUAUGUUAUAGUAAUAUUUAGUGGUAAGCGUUAUAUGAAGCAUAGACCUGCUGCCAAUCUGAGAACAGAGUUAGCGAUAUGGUCAGGGAUUUUAGCUAUUUUCUCAAUACUGGGAGCUAUCCGAACGGUGCCUGAAUUACUCUAUGUUCUAAAGAAUUAUGGAUGGGAUUUCUCAAUAUGCAACUCUUCGUACGCUUAUUAUCAACCGACGGCCUUAUGGACAAGCCUUUUCGCCCUGUCAAAGGUGUACGAACUUGGUGAUACGAUAUUUAUAGUUUUACGUAAACAGAAUCUUAUCUUCCUUCACUGGUACCAUCAUAUCACCGUCCUAAUCUAUUCCUGGUAUAGUGCUACCGAACAAGCCGCUGCGGGUCGAUGGUUUAUGACGAUCAAUUAUACAGUACAUGCUUUCAUGUAUAGCUACUAUACUCUCAAAGCCAUGCGAUUUUCUAUUCCGAAAUGGGUGUCUGUUGCCAUUACCAGUUUACAAAUUGCUCAAAUGGUAGUCGGUCUAAGUGUUAAUAUUAGAGUCUACUACUUGAAAAAUAGAAAUCAGUACUGUCAGCAGACAUACGAUAAUUUAGUGUGGUCAUCGUUAAUGUAUCUUUCCUAUUUGUUUCUAUUUUUAAGCUUUUUCAUUAAUGCCUAUUUGAAGACAGGAAAAAAAAUAAGUCAUUCCAAUGGCAACGGUCUCAACAAAGCGAAACAAAAGUGA